AUGGAGGAAUCAUCGAUUGAAAAAUCGGUUUCUAAUUUAAAUCCCUCGGGAGGUGUGCAGCUAGCCAUUUCGUUUCCGAUACACAAAUCGAUAGACAGCACGGUUCGGCUGUUCGCUAGCAACCGAAGCAGCACAAUUAGCAAACAUAUAUUACUAAGGAACAUCCAGCUGCGACGUGUGGCCCGCGUUUUGCUCUUAGAUGGGCAGUUUCUGCAAUUCUGGGAAGCUUUCAACGAGGUACAAAUAGCACUGCUGCAGAUUGCUGAAGGGCUGGCGGGAGUAAACUUUUCGCAGGAAAACGCAAUCCAGCGUACCGUUUUUGACUUGGAAGUAAAGGUUGCGGCUCUCAGGCAUACUAAAGUGUGCUGUGAAAGGAACAUUGCCACUCUCAGGGAUUUACCAAGGCAUCUGCUCAAGUGUACCAUUGAAAAGCGGCUGAAAGACGCAGAGUUAGUAGAUAUGAUGGAUUCGGAAGAAAGUGUGCGCACGCUUCAGGAUCGGGUACAAUCGGAAAUCGAACGCACACUCAACGAAGCUAAAGAUGACGAACAGGAGAUUGUUGCUUUAAGGGAGAAGCUAUUCCCAUCGGCGGUAAGCUUAACGACGCAGCGUAACGUUACGAUUGAGCAGCGCGAUCAACAAGCGGUUGAUUUGGAGCAGCAGCUUCAAAUGAUCGACCAGCUAGAAACACAGCAGCAAAAUAUUGAAGAACGCGUGGAGCGACUCAUUGAAGCGCGAGGAGACAUUCAGCGCCAACUGGCAGAUUGGCAAGGAAUUCACCACGAUGGCCUUCGUGACAUAGUACGAUUGGAAAGGCUAAUCGAGGUACUCGAACGCGAAUUGGCCGCACACAAAGAACAGUUCGAACAGAAAGCGUUCGAAAUGCAACAGAAGCGUCUUGAAAUUCUUGAAGACGAAGCUCUUGAUACGAGUGAACGCUCAGAACGACUUCAAGCAUGGGAUGUUGAGCUGUUGGAACGUAACAAUUCUCACACCAGCAACAUGGAUCUGCUGGAGGCACGUUGUGAUAAACUGAAAAAACUUAGCAAAAACCUUAUGGGAAAUGUGGACACUUUUGAGCAGGAGCUGGCCACGGACUUUCAGACCACGAUGACACAGCUGGAACGGGAGAAGAAUUUGGCCAAAACAGCGUCACAACAGAUUCUUCUCCAAGCAAAGGCACAUAACCUGCAACAAGAGUAUGAGGAGAACUUGGAACUGGUGAGCCGUGCCAGGACAAGGCCCAAUUAUCUGACGGAUGAAAAUGGACGGUACUACCUAGACAAUACCGGUGUCCGAAUAUACCAGCGAAACUCGGGAGCUUCUGCAUACUGCCUAAGCGAGGAUGGUCAUUGGACAAAAAUUAGAACUCCUGUAUCGAUCAACGAUCAAGGAUCUACAAUUAGUUGCCCAACAUCCGUAGGAGAGUUAAUGUCCGGAGAGUCGUCAGCUACAUCGCUUCUGGUACUUACUCCCGCAACUCAAGCCACAGAGUCCCGAAUGCGCCACGAUAGCAAUGCGCAGAGUAGCGAUAUCUCCAAGAGCAAUGCGUCACCUGCCGAUUCGGAGGUAGUACUCGAGUCGGAGUCCGAAAUCAUCCGUAAACGAGUGGCACCGGACGUAGCUUAUGUUCAGCAGGUGGUUGGUCCUGCGGUCGUAAAGGGUAUGGCAGCUGUUGCUAUGCAUCGGCCGACCGAUCCCGUGAGAUAUUUGGCGGAUUAUUUGAAACAUUUCCACGAGAACCUCGUCGAUGCUGACACGCGAAAAAGGCUGACGGAGAACGUUCGUUCGGAAGGGUAA